AUGACCGACAGCACAAUAAACCGUGUAGCAAUCAUUGGCGCUGGCAUUAGUGGUAUUGUCAGUGCCGCCCAUCUUCUUGCCGCGGGGCUAGAAGUGACGGUCUUUGAGAGGAGUCAAGCGGCCGGCGGUGUCUGGCUUUUUGACAAGCGAGUACCGAUCGAAGUUCAGUAUCCAAAUCGCCGGCCAUCGGAUGUGGGUUGGUACAGCCAGGACAAUAGAAGUGAGAAUGAACAACGGACUUUGGUUCACGCACCCCCGGGUCCCUGCUAUGAAAGUCUCACCAACAACGUCUCAACCCCGUUGCUCCGCACGAAACUCAAUGCAUGGCCCGAGGGCACCCCGCACUAUGUCAAUCAUAAUGUGCUCAAAGAAUACAUCCAGGAUACAUCUAAGAAGACAGGUGUUGACGAUGUAACUAUUUAUGGCGCCCUUGUGAAGCAAGUCUAUAAAGAAGAUCAAAAUUGGCACGUUCACUGGACUACGUUGAAUGAGGAGUCCGGCACAGGAAAUAUUGUUGAGCAUCAGAAAUCUGCGAAAUUCGAUGCUGUUGUUGUUGGAUCAGGCCACUAUCAUACUCCUCUCAUCCCUGAUAUCACCGGUCUGGCUGAAGCAAAAGCCAAAUGGCCUGCAAAGAUCACACAUUCAAAGUCAUUCCGAAGCUCCAAGGGGCUUGAACAAAAGAAUGUUCUGUUGGUAGGAGGCGGAGUCUCCUCGGUGGACAUUGCUCGUGAGAUUAGCCCUGUCGCGAAGCACGUCUAUCAGAGCACCCGUAAUGGUGCUUUUGACAUUCCAGCGACUGCACUUCCUAAAGGCACCUUUCGAGUUGAGGAAGUAAUAAAAUUCGAACUGAUCUCGUCUGAACCGUCACCAGACGAGCAUUCGCCGAUAAUUGCGCACCUAAAAUCCGGUCAAACACUGCGCGACAUCGAUCUAGUAAUACUUUGCACAGGUUACCAAAUGGUGCUACCUUUUCUUCCGCAGUACAACGAGACUGACGCAACUGCAUCGUAUGCAAGCAACUCAUUCAUUGUGACCGACGGCGCCCAGUUUCACAAUCUGCACCGCGACGUGUUCUACAUCCCAGAUCCAACGUUGGCCUUUGUGGGGGUGCCCUUCUAUACCGCAACUUUUACCCUCUUUGAAUUCCAGGCCAUCGCCGUUGCAGCAUUCUUCUCUGGGAUAUCGCAGUUGCCAUCGACCGAGAGUUUAAGGGACGAAUAUGAAUCCCGAGUUAGGGAAAGGGGGCACGGUCGGAGCUUCCAUUCGCUCAAAGGCGAGGAAGAGGCCUACGUGAAGAGCUUGGUUGAAUGGGUGAACGCUGGAAGAGCGCAUCGCGGACUACCCCUUAUUGAAGGCCAUACUUCAUCCUGGGUAGAGGCCAAGAAAGGCCAGAUUGAAAAGCUGCAUUUGCUUUGGCAAGGACUUCCUCAGUCUAGUUCUGAGUCGGAAGCUCUGGUCAAGCGACCUGCAGAAGUGGAGGUGAUCGCAUGA